GGCCCGCGCGGGUGAACGGCCGGCCCGGAAGUGACGCGCUGUGCUGCCGGCCUUGCGGAAGUGGAGAUGGCGGAGCUGUACGUGAAGCCGGGCAACAAGGAGCGUGGCUGGAACGACCCGCCGCAGUUCUCCUACGGGCUGCAGACCCUAGCUGGGGGACCCAAGCGCACGCCGCUCACCAAGAGGGUCGCCGCUCCCCAGGAUGGCUCCCCUAGAGUCCCCACCUCACAGACUUCUCCUGGGCCUCCCGCAGUGGGGCCUCCACCUCCUUCUAAUAAGGCUUCCAGGCCCCCACCUGUGGGAAGUUGUCCUGCCUCCAGUGUGGAGCCAACAAAUUUCCCAGUCAUCGAAUCUGAAACUCUGCUGGAAGAUGUGCUCAAACCUUUGGAAGAGGCACUGGAGGACUGCCGUGGCCACACAAAGAAGCAAGUAUGUGAUGACAUCAGCCGCCGCCUGGCUCUGCUGCGGGAACAGUGGGCUGGAGGGAAGCUGUCAGUGCCUGUGAAGAAGAGGAUGGCUCUGCUGGUGCAAGAGCUUUCAAGUCACCAGUGGGAUGCAGCAGAUGACAUCCACCGCUCACUCAUGGUUGACCAUGUGACUGAGGUCAGUCAGUGGAUGGUGGGAAUUAAAAGAUUAAUUGCAGAAAAGAGGAAUCUGUCUUCAGAGAAAGAGUCCAAUGAAGAGAAAUCUACAGCCACAGCUGAGGAGAACCAGACGGUACCAGGCGUCCAAGAGGCUCCAUAAUCCCCCGUGGGAUCCCGACUCACACCAUUUCCUAUGCCUGGGCCUUCUCUCACCUGGCUCCCUUACCAUUUGGGAGACUGUCUGCUUCCUUGGGAUCCUUUGCCUGAUCUACCCAUCUCUGGGGGAAGAGGUGUCAGCCACCUGGGCCACAGGGAAGCCACCUGUUACCCAUAACAUAUCAUUUCAAUAAAAACAUCUUAAUAGUGGGCCCUGGGUAGGAGAGAGAAGGCUUUCUUGUGCCAAACUAGUUGCUUGUGGUGUCCUUGACUGCCUUGCUCCUUGUGUACCCUGCAAACCUCUCUCCUUCCUUUCGUCAUGAAUGGCUUUGCUAGGCAUGACCAAUUACUGCCUGCCACUUUCCCCCCAAAUAGACAGAAACACACA